AGACACGUUCUGGCGGAAAUUUCGUAUCGUCCGCUAUGAAAAAUACAAUCCUGCCUUCUCGUUUCCUUUUCUCAAAUUACAGAUUGACCGUUCUGAAAAUGACAAGCCUGGAGAAUAUAAAAAACAUAUGGAAAACUGCGGACGCUGUAACGUUCGAUGUGGAUUCCACGGUCAUAACGGAGGAAGCUAUCGACGAGCUCGCUAAUUUCUGUGGGAAGGGAGAGGAAAUCACUAAGUUGACAAAGCGGGCUAUGCAAGGUGAUAUGACGUUUCAGCAAUCAUUAUCUGUGAGACUGGGGAUCAUAAAUCCAAGUUUGACGCAAGUGAGACAGUUCCUGAAUACGCAUCAACCAAAAUUUACCCCUGGCAUCAAAGACCUGGUGUCCGCUUUACAAGCUCGUGGGAAGGAAGUGUUUCUCGUUUCCGGCGGUUUCCGCUGUCUCAUCACACCGAUCGCGGCGCAACUUAACAUCCCACCUGAGAAUAUUUAUGCCAACAGAUUAAAAUUUUUUUUCACGGGGGAAUACGCUGGGUUCGACGAGUCUCAGCCGACUUCUAAGAGCGGUGGCAAAGGAGAAGUAGUACGUCUUAUAAAAAAAGAAAAAGGCUUUAAAAUCGUCGUACAUGUCGGCGACGGGUCAACAGAUUUAGAAGCCUCACCACCAGCGGAUGCAUUUAUAGGAUUCGGUGGAAAUGUAGUUAGGGAAAACGUAAAGUCACGCGCGGAAUGGUUCGUCACAAACUUUGAUGAUCUCAUAAAAUGUUUAUAGACAUGUAAUAUUUUUUAUGAAAACGAAAUCCCGUUAUUUUAGUCAAAAUGUUUUAUAUAUAGUUUUUUACAUAUUUAGUCAAAAUGUAAAAAAAAUUAAAUCUGCUUGAACAAAAAGGAUGGUUAUUAUUAACGGAUGAAACAAAAAUGCAACUG